UCUACCGCAGUAGGUGCUGGACAGUUUACUGGAGAGGUGUGUGCGCGCGCGAUCUGGUUAAUUUGAUCCGUUUUGAUGUUGUGCAGCUCGUGCAGCAUAAGUGAAAUAGUGAGCAGCGCACUUUUCCGUACAAAAGUUGCUUCUCUAAUUUCCGUAAAUUGAAAGUAUAUAGUUUCUAGAAAACAUAGAAAUAUUAAAAAGUGUUUUGUGUGAAUUCGACCAGAAUCAGUGUAUCCAUCGAAUGUAAUUUUCGUAGUGAAAACUAAAAAUGAUGGCGAGCUACUUCGAAAUUUGUCUCGUUUGCGGCAUCAUUCUGCUGCCCAUUUUCUAUGAAACGUCCCACAAAUUUCGCUACUAUUUCAAGUUUUUCGUGCUAUAUCUGAGUGUUAUCAUCAAUGCCAUAAUUUUGAUCCCUCCGAUGUGUUUCCGACCGAGGAAUGUACGCAAUCUAGUGUGGGCUGGAUCAUUCUGCAAACCUCUAUCUACACUGCUCGGCAUCAAAUGGGAACUGAGAGGGGCGGACAUCCUCUCACGAGAUGAAGCUUACGUCAUCGUGGCUAACCAUCAGAGUUCGUUGGACAUUUUAGGCAUGUUCGACUUUUGGCACGUUAUGGACAAGUGCACGGUAAUAGCCAAAAAGGAACUGCUCUAUAGCGGCCCAUUCGGUAUAGGUGCUUGGCUUGGUGGAUUAAUCUUUAUCGAUCGUAAAAACUCGGACAAAGCUCACGCGACUAUGAACGACUGUACCGACAUGCUGAAGGAGAAACGCGUCAAAUUGUGGGUAUUCCCGGAGGGUACCCGGAGAAAUACCAACGAGAUUCAUGAAUUUAAAAAGGGUGCAUUCCACGUGGCCGUUCGAGCCCAGUUACCAAUUAUGCCGGUGGUGUAUAGUUCGUACAAUACAUUUUUGGACGACAGAGCUAAAAUUCUUAACAAUGGUCACGUGAUCGUAACCGCACUGGAACCGAUCGAAACCAAGGGUCUAACCGCCGAUGACAUACCAGCGCUAGUGGAUAGGAUUCGAAAGGUGAUGCUUGAAACGUACAACGCUACCACGAAGGAGGUCGAAAGCCGAUACAGCGCCAAUGGCAAUGGAUCGUUGAGAAGUUCCAAGCUGAGACUGCGUUGUAUCGAUGACUUCAUCAGGCCUAAACUGCCUAUGGCCAACAACAAUUCGCCAACCAGGCAGAGCGGUGUCCAUCGGAGGAAGGAUUAAUACGUCUGAAUGUUUAGAAGUCGUUUGUGUGAUAUUAUAUUUUUUUGAGUGAACGUUCCCUCUGAGAGAGGAACACAGUAUUCCUCCAUAACAGAAGACUAGCUAGAUAGCCUAGGACAGCUACAGCGCUUGUUACAUGCAAUUUUAUAAUUAGUAAAUAUUUAAUCCGAAUGUUUUGUAAAGUUUUUAAACUAUUAAAUAACACAUUUAUAUGCACGCUUGUGGAAACGAACGGUAAGGUUAGCAUUUUGAAAUAUACGGGUGAAAUCUUAAUGUGGAUAUGUGCCAUUUAAAAGAUCGGUCAUUGCACUACUGUCUCAUUUAUCUGCAAUUCAAUAUUAAUAACUUAACCGCGUAGGUCAGCCAUGUGUACAGCUUUAAUCGUUUGUGAAACUGUGUUUCCAGCAUUCACAAAUUCACAAAGUUAACGUAAUGUAUGAUUUUAAAUCGUCAGAUAUGCGAAUUUAACUAGUAUGAAAUUAAGUUCGAUCGGAUGGUAGGUUGUUCCCUUGAACAUGGUUAGAAAAACCAAUAUGUGAAAUACCCUUUACUCUCUUUAGUAGCUUAAGACGUACGAAACUGUACAUCACUCAAAUGAUAAAUGAGUGGCAUGAGAUCCAUGGAUAACAACUAGGUUUGUUGCAGUUUAAGGAUAACCUGGUUGUACAUCGGAGUAAAUAGCGAGAAAGUUGUUCCUGUUGUUUGAUAUUUCUAUUUUUUCUUUUGGUAGUAAACAGGGGCAAGCUGUUGUUUGCUCUUGCUAGGAGCAAGUUGUGUACUGGAACAAACCUACUGUCUUCAACCAGGAGACAUUUUUAAUUGACUUGAAUUCUCUGUGAGUGUCAGAAAGCAUCAUCUAGAUCGAAAGAUUUUUUGGAAUAACAGUGGGAGAGUAAUAUUGUAGCAGCUGUGAUGAAAUAAUGCAAGAUUUCAAUAGAAGAACCGUGUAAACUACAUCCAUUUUUUUAAAAAUAAAGAAAACAGCUGGCGAUAGUGUAAAAGUAACACUAAAACGAGACUUCAACGAAAGCCGAUAAACAAGCAGCUUAGUCAAAGGAAACAAAGUCGUUACUAUCAAAUACUCAUCCUUAAAGUAUGUGUUGAAAACUCUUACGUCGAAUUAUUGAUAUUAAUUUAUAUGAGACCAGGAGAAACAGUUUAUUGUAAAAUUUUGAUUUAUAUUUUUGUUCUGAAUUUGAAUUGAAUGUUAUUUUCUUGGUAAAAGAGAUGCCAACAUAAAAUUCAGUCGUCUUUCUGGUGAACAAUUAGCAGCCAAUCGCAACUACCCGUGACUCAUAAGUAUGCAAUUCAGUUGUAAUGAAGAUAUUAUAAUUUAAGAUAUUGUAUUCAAGAAAUCAUGAUAUUUACGAGGAGGAAAGUGUCAUAUAUGUAUGUAAACCUGUAAAAUAUUUGUAUAACAGUUUCACUAUACUGUAUUAUAACCUUGUAUUGAAAUAGCAUUCCUUGUACACAUUA